UGUUGCAAUUGUGAAUGAAGUCGUUAAUCAGCUGAUAAAUAUAAACAUUUAGUAAACUCUGUAUUCGUCUGCCGGCUUAUACACAUGGAAAAUAUUUAUUUCGAAUAAUUUCAGGAUAUUUGUAGUGUUUAAUGGAUAUUUCGGAUUUUGAAGUGCGCGAGUGCCCCUCUUCGGCAGUAUAUAUUCCAAACUUUAUAACAUCCGAAGAGGAGAAACGCAUUUUGUCUCAGAUUUCGCGAGCUCCAAAACCAAAAUGGACUCAACUUCUUAAUAGACGCCUCAUUAAUUAUGGAGGAGUACCCCAUCCAAAUGGAAUGAUUGCUGAAGAAAUUCCCACAUGGUUACAAGUCUAUAUGGAAAAAAUUAAUAAUUUAAAUUUUUUUCAAUCCCAAAAAGCUAACCAUGUCCUAGUAAAUGAAUAUUUACCGGGUCAAGGGAUUAUGCCUCACACAGAUGGACCGCUAUUUCAUCCAAUCAUAACGACUAUCACUUGUGGUUCAUAUACAGUACUUAAUUUCAUUGAACGAAAUGUGACUAGGUCUAAUGAUAAUCAUAAAUAUAAUAACGAUGAUGAAUCGUUGCAACGGGAAAGCUUAACACAUGAAAUUAAUUUCAAAAUGCUUUUAGAACCUCGUAGCUUAUUAAUACUUAAGGAUGAAUUAUAUAAUAAUUAUUUGCAUGGCAUAGAUGAAGUCAAGCAAGAUGUUCUUUGUGAUAAAAUCUGUAACUAUGAGAAUUGCGAAAGAGUCCAUAAGGUGGGAAGUAUUUUAAAACGCGGGAUUCGUAUUUCACUAACGAUACGUCAUGUACCAAAAACCACAACAAUGAAAUUAAAGUUUUGUUAAAGUACUUCCAUCAUCAAAUUUCACAAAAUUUUAAAUGCUACAUAGAUGACAGUCACUGGAAGGCCGACUGUCGUGAGAAUGUAAUUCAUCCUAUCGUCAUUCGGAUUUGUUUCAAUACUUUAUUAACCUUUUUGCUCAUCCUCUAUUUUUCCAACUAAUAAUGCACAUGUUUAUAUAGAAUAAGCAAAAAAAUAUAUGCAACACUUUUAUUAUAAUAAAAUACAAAAAAGAUUUAUUUGAAGUUAUAACAAAACAUUAUUUUUUACACACUUUAAUCGACCUUGUCUUCCCAUCGUAGUUGAAAUUCAUGUUCGAAUAUAUUUCGGUCAUAUAGAUUAACUGUACUAAUGUGAGCUGAUAUAUCCAAACGUAAUUCACUCACUGCCAAGUGGAAAUUUUGUCUUAACACUCGUUGCUUAUCGACCACCAACCGGGCGAGAGGUCUACGAAACAGGCUCAAUAUUUUUUUCAGAUGAUAUUCGACACUAGCACAACGACUAAUACAAAUCCACAAAUCUUCUGGAUUUUUUAUAUUUCCAGGAAACCGUUUACAUAGAUCAAAAGGAGCUUUGCCGUCAAUUAAAAGAAAUUUGACCUCGGAAACAAUUUUAUUAUUUUGACUGGGGUCGUUAAGGCUCAGUGUUUGGUAUUCAUGUUUGUCACAAAAAUGAAUUAUAUCACUAAUGCAGCACCAAGGUUGUGCUGCCAAAUCACUAUGUUUUCUAUUCCAGUUAAUAUAUCUGCCUUUAAGAGUAGUUAAGGGACUAAAACGACUUUCCAAACUUGUACUGAGGGGUGACAAAGUCUCAAAAUCCUUCUUAGUUUCUUUGGUUUCAAAACAAGUUGGUGGAUUAUGAUUUUCAGUUACGUCGUUCUUCGGUGAGUCAGAUAAUGUAACAAGCUGAUUAUCAAUAGUUGAAUUAUCUGUCUCCUUGAAAAAUUCCUUGUUUUGGGUCAACGCUUUUUUACGCUCAUCACCCUCUUUAUUUUCACGCACUUGUUUCAAAAAAUGACGAACUCUCCAAGACAUUUUAUUCGUAAUAAUUUUCUUCUAUUUUUUUUUUUUUUUUUUUUGUUUUUGAAA